CGCCAGGGCACGACCGCGGCACGGGGGGGCGCCGCGCAGAGACGCACUAAUCGGCCCCGUGAACCAUGGCCGGCCGGAGGUGGCCUCCCGGCUCCUACUGCUGCUGCUGCUGCUGCUGCUGCCGCCGACGACGCCGUAGCAGCCCCCAGUGCGCGUAGCGGGCGCGCGCGUUGGGCGCGACGCCGCACCAUGGCGCUCGCCAUGACGCCCUGGAGAGACUCCGUGGACCCGGCCGACCUGGUGAUCGGCCUGCCGCCGCCGCUGCCCCCGGGUACGCCGCACUCGUCUUCGUCGUCGGACAAGAACGGACAGCACGCGAACAUCGAGUGCGUCGUGUGUGGCGACAAGAGUUCGGGCAAGCACUACGGCCAGUUCACCUGCGAGGGAUGCAAGUCGUUCUUCAAGCGCAGCGUGCGCCGCAACCUGACGUACACGUGUCGCGGAAACCGAAACUGCCCGAUCGACCAGCACCACCGGAACCAGUGCCAAUACUGCCGCCUCAAAAAGUGUCUCAAAAUGGGCAUGCGUCGAGAGGAUCACUCGUGGACGAAAUCCAGGGUCGCGACACCACACUGCAGGAACAGCUUCGCGUGCUCGGUACCCAUAGAAAGUGGUGCUAGGUCGUCCCUGCUAGGGCUGAUCGAAGAGCGUACCGUGGUGCUAUCUGAAGCCGUGCAGCGGGGCCGGGUGCCGCCGACGCAGCAUGGUGGCCUGCCGGGUCAGAUGUCGCUGAGCAACGGCGACGCGGCGGCCGCGGCGGCGCUCAACGGCCACUCGUACCUGUCCAGCUUCAUCUCGCUGCUACUGCGCGCCGAGCCGUACCCCCCGAGCCGGUACGCGCAGUGCAUGCAGCCGAACAACAUCAUGGGCAUCGACAACAUCUGCGAGCUGGCCGCCAGGUUGCUCUUCAGCGCUGUCGAGUGGGCCCGCAACAUCCCCUUCUUCCCGGACCUGCAGGUGACGGACCAGGUGGCGCUCUUGCGGCUGGUCUGGAGCGAGCUGUUCGUGCUGAACGCGUCGCAGUGCUCUAUGCCGCUGCACGUGGCGCCUUUACUGGCGGCAGCGGGUCUUCACGCGUCGCCCAUGGCGGCAGACCGCGUGGUGGCUUUCAUGGACCACAUCCGCAUCUUCCAGGAGCAGGUCGAGAAGCUCAAGGCACUGCACGUGGACGCCGCCGAAUACAGCUGCCUCAAGGCCAUCGUUCUCUUCACCACCGACGCCUGCGGCCUCUCGGACGUAGCGCACAUCGAAAGCCUGCAAGAGAAGUCCCAGUGCGCGCUCGAAGAGUACUGCCGGACGCAGUACCCAAACCAGCCAACGCGGUUCGGCAAGCUGCUGCUGCGGCUACCCAGCUUACGGACAGUGAGCUCGCAGGUCAUCGAGCAGCUCUUCUUCGUGCGCUUGGUGGGCAAGACGCCCAUCGAGACGCUGAUACGCGACAUGCUGCUGUCCGGCAGCUCGUUCAACUGGCCCUACAUGCCGCUCCAGUGACCUCCGUCGGGGGUCCACGCGACGUUGGACCCCUGGGCAUCCUCACUGCUGCCCACUGCCGCGCCUCUCUGGCAACCGAUGGCCACCGGCGCCGUCGCGGCCACCAGUCCGCUGGCUGCCGAGACGGCGGCUGACGUGCUUGGCAUGCCUCAGGACCCGUUCCGGAGGAACGGCAAGCAGCUGUGACCUGCUCCUAGGAGCGCAUCGUGAGACAUCGCGCGGCCAACCCAUUCCACCCGGUGUGUUGUUUAGGCGGCGACGCUAAGAAGGUCUGCGGAGUGAGUUGUUGGUUGAAACGGCGCGGCCACGACGUCCUGCAGCGGCUAGCAGUGGCCGGCAGCAUCUUGAGGUUCUUCGAGAUCCUGGUCCUCGAAGUUAUGCCUAUGGUCCCGGCCUUUGCUAAAGCGAGGUGGCCAUCCACUCGGCGCAAUCGGUGCGUUGUGUAGAAAGCGCAGCAAAAGACCAAAAAGUGCGCGGAACGAGUCGGCAACCAGAGACGGUGAACUUAUAAUGUUCAGCUUCUUGUGGCCGGUGGUCUGUUAAUGUUCCUCGGCACCAUUGUUCCCUCAGUGAUACCUGUGAUCCUGGCUUACCGGAAGAAAACAUUCAGCAGCUUCCGGACACAACGUCAUCGGCGAAGUCGUCUUGCCCGCCGGUUUUGUGCGAGUUUGCGGCAACUGCUGUCCGCUACGCGCUGUCGAGGGUUGUGAAGAGGAAGCAAGCUAUCUUGGAAAGACAUCGCCUGGUCUAGAGCCUCACAGAACAUCCGCGGUGAAGCUGCAGAACUGAAGCUGAAAGCCAUGCAAGCAAAGAAAUGAAAGAGGCAGCGUAAGAGAAAUGCUAUAUCGUACAGGGUAGGGCGCCUGCAGUUCGCUCAUUUCCAGGUGUUCUGCACUGUUUCUUGAACUGAAUGCCACAGCCCAAGAAAAUACCGUUGCUAGCCAUGACGAGAUCUGGCAUACGUGGCCCACGAGUGAUGUUAUCAGGCAUCCUUGCAUGCUGUUGACAAAGCAAAGGGAUCCCCGGCCUUGGAGGAAGCCCCUGAUACGAUCGGAGCGCCGCGUGUUACGAAAGUCCUGUGCAGCGUCGAAUUAUAAGACCCUACAGUAGCUCUGUCAAGAUCAGCUUCUGGUUGUUGUGCUUGGACUCUGACCAUUGGCCGGUGUUUAUCUACGCGGAGAAGCUCGUGUCUACCAGUUAGUGCGCUGCAGCAUACUGACAACGAGACGCAGUGCCACGUUUCACAUCUGCUUCCAGACCACCGGUGAUAUCAAUGAGCUGGCCACAAAUGAUGUCCACGUCCGGUGACCGAAAAUAGCUGACAGGAGCCAGAGUCACAGUGGACUGCGUGACGGUGCAGCAUCAGGCGAACGUGAUGAGCUUGUGAACAUGCGUGUAAUGAACACCGAAGAUCAGGUACAGCUCAACAGUUUGGACCGCAGUUCUCGCGAGUCGCAGAGAACAAUCAUGUCGUGCAGUGUGUGUUCGGACAAUGCAUGUUUUGUUCUUGUAAAUACGUUAGUGACUGAUGAGCGGACCAGAAAACGCAGUGAGCAAGACAUGUUGCCGAGCAGGGCAAACGAUAGCGAGAUAUCCUUUUCAGUGUACAGAUGAUGCAUACAUACUCGCUCUCUCUAUUCCCAGAGUAUAAUCUCUCGAAAGUAUCGCUACUGUUUCUCCCAUUGUCCGCUGAAUCACUUCGAGCUCAUCGCUUCGAUACCAUACCACAGGUCGCUUGAUAGACCAUCUUAGAUGUUUCAAGUGAUAAUAUAGGAAGUCGUAUUCAAAUGCUCGGCUUGCCUCGCGUGUCGAAGGAUUCAGACCAUGGGUGCCAAAUUUACGCAUCAAACCCACGUGCGAAGGCCAAAUGCUCAUCCAUUCUCAUUCAUUCAUGCUCUCGGAGUUUAUCUUGCACGCUUAAGAUAGGAGCUCGCAGUACUUUCGAUUUCUUAUCUGCCCGCGUGUUACUGCAGCUUUUUAGUUGACUUAAAAAAAGGAGUCAAUAAAGGUGUAUGCGACCGUUAGAUGGUCCUAAAAUGAAAAAGAAGUUGUUAUUAGCCUAUGUCCUCGCGCCCCGUUCUCAGAUUAAUCCUAAAUUUUUAGUGAUGCAGCCCGCGGAGUACAGGCGUACUGGCUCUUACAAUUGUCUCAAAGGUCACGUAGUUCCCAUCCUGUACUCUAGACACGACGUUGCUCUAAUUUGUCGUCCCACCCUGUCAUCUCCUAGCUUUCGCAACCACAUAAACAUCAGUGCUGCUGCCAAAUGAACGUAAGUGUCGCCGAGCAUCAAACAUGUAAGGGUAAAAACAAAAACAAAUAAUGCAUGCAACCAUAAGAUGUAAAACUUAAGUUGCUGUUUAUCCACGCGGCUAUAAAAACAUCGAAUGUUGAAAAUUGGCGACUGUUUCAAAAGCACAGCAUGCAUGUUUUAGAAGCCCGUGAACGUGAGCACUGGUCUGUUAGUCAGCAGUGGUGUUCCGGGAAGCUUCAGGAGCACAUUCAGGAGCAGGUGCUUAGGUAGCCCACAAGCAGUCUUCACUUUCACCCUCUUAUCUUCAAAUAUGAAGCGGCGGCUACACCAACUACCUUUUUAUUGCGAGAACCAUAAACGAAAAUCGCUGAAAGAGCUGCUGUCGCUAAGACAAAUGAUCAAACGUGGUGAUGGCAGAGUGUCUCCGUGUUACCAUCAUAACUGUAUGUCGGCAGAUGAAGGCGUUUAUUGCCCCAAUUUAAAUACUUUAGUAACUCGCAAACUCUAAAUUCACAUGGGCUGGGAACAAUGAACAUUUAACUUAAGGGACGUCGCCCUUGCGUGCCGGAGUACACCUGACGACCAUGUUUCGUCUCCUCCCCCCAAACAGUCACAAAAUGUUCAUCUAUAGGUGAAAUCGUCCGAGUUAACCCAUCAGUUCUGCGGCAAUUUCUUUUCGGAAGUUACAAAAACCACGGUGGAAAGAGGUCCGGCUACAGCGCGUGCUUUCGCGUGAACCAUUGUGCGUCAUCAAAAGCGUCUCACAUCUCAGUGACUGCAAGUAUAACGACUGCUCGUGUUUCGUACAGCUUAGCAGUCGGUGAUCUCGGCGACCUUCGACAUCGUUGGUUACUGUAUAGUUUUUCGCUCAUUUUAUCCCAUCUCUCAUACGGACAGAGAGCCAAAUUAAGCCGUACAUGGAGACAGACACUCCACAGCCGAGCUGAAUUCGUGCGUGUGUAUUUCAAUUAUGUGUGCCUGUGUGUGUGUGAACGUUGUACACAUUGUGGUAUUUUAUCAGUGUCGAUACAGCGUCUUUGUCCCGUUCUAUCUGCUCGCUUCUGCUUUGUGAACCUCUGACAUUCUAGGCGAAAAGACAGGGAGAAAGAGAUAAAAGAAAACAGGGAGAAAGAGAUAAAAAAAAUGUCGCCUUCCCUUAGCGCUGCGUUGACGGGCCGUUUGAUGGAAUACAAGACUUUAAAAUUACUGAUUUCGCUCGGUUUCACCGAAAGAAAAAAGUUAGAAAGGACAGUUGUUUGCUAGCGCUGUUCGUCUGAGAUAACUGACUCGUAGCAACCUCAGCUUUACGGUGACAUGGACUGACUCAAUGUUUACCUUGAAUCUAGGUGAAGAAAAUCUUUCAAAGAGAGCAGGCACAGUAACACCGUACUAUACGUUGAUCAAACUGAGAGUCUUUAGGUGGGCGAACAGAAGUGAUCAGAACGAAAGCACGCCGUAUUUGGCCUACGGUAUCCCGCGUAGUCACGUUAUACUCUACACUGACUACAGUAAUACGUAGCCCGUUCACUCAGCGCUUGGGGACAGCGAUAGAGGUUCAAGCCAUCCGCCUCGUUCAUUGCACACCUGUACUUUCAAUCUUUACGCACCGCCGGAAACUUUUGGCGCUGUUCAUUUGUUGUUGGAACGGUUUGUACGAUCUGCGAAUUACUUUCUUCUCCGUGUCAACAAGCGGCCAUAUGUGACAGCAGACGUGUUCUGCAAGCAGCGAACCAGAGUGUGUUUUAGAUGAACGACACCGAAUGAUUGCAGAGGUCCGGUUUUACUGAGCUCUGGACAGAGGGGAAACAUUUCCGUUCUGUGAUUACUGAAUUAGGAAUUCGCCCGUGCCAGUGAAAAGACUUCAAAUACUUCUUUAACGGUUCCAUGCUAUAAAAGCUGUGUUUUAUCUUGAUCUUGCCUCAACAGCUAAAUGUACGCAGUCAGCGAUCACCCUUUGUAUAAAGAAGCGUUAUUGAAAGAUUACGUUUAGGUAAGGCGUAGUUGUGGUUUGUACAAGGGGCUCGUUCAUUAUCCUGGUUGCAAUGGCGGUAAUUUGCACACAGCCUUAAGAAUGUUUUCUUUUUCAAGUUGGAUCGAUUAUUAAAAUUACUUGUCAGCAUCUGUUGCACCGUUUGUUGUGGACCACCUACAAACCUGUCUAACCACUUUAACGUUUCUGAGGACUGCUUCUCGUCUAGACACCAGUAUGAAAAAAAAAAAAAAAGAUUUUUUUUUAUUGCUGUCCACACAGUAAGUGUUCUGCUUACCUGCAAACAUUAUCCGUCAGGAAAUUUCGUACUCAGCCAUAAAUGCGGAUCAGGAAAAAGGCUGCUCAGAUAAUCUUAGCUUGUAAAGAUAGAAGCUGCAACCUUGAAUGCCUCUUCACACGCCUACUUAAUCGUCGCUUAAGGAAAAGUCCCGUUAUACACGUUAUAACGGGUAGAACGAAACCCAAUUAUCAGUGGUAGAGACCACCUGUUUUCUAAUUGCAGCUUGAACGUUGUCCUACACAACUUUGUUGCUCUUCGGGGAUGUACGCCAGAACGGCCGCUCGAAGAUGCUGUCUAUGACGCUGGCCAAGAUUACCCUGCAUUGAGCUUCGAAUCCUAGAGUCGUUCAUGCAAAUCAUCAAGCGGUCCAGAAUACGUUCCUGCUGGUGUAAUCAUUUACUACAGAAAAACUAAGAAAAAGAAAACAACGAACGGAAACGUUUCCUUUCUGCCCACCGUGGUUUUCAUGUGCGCGUACUCAUGCUUCAAACUGAAGGUGGCCCGCGCACUCACACCCACCAAUUCGUUAUUAUAUAGCGCAAUGGAGAGGAGUGAUACUGAUCACAAUAAAGUGCAAUUUUUUUUUCUCGAA